UUUUCCUCAGUGUUUCCAACAGAUGUCAGCUCUGUCCUACUGAUGUGGCCUCGGUCGCAGCUGAGAGGAGGAUGCUGUUUGGAGGAAAAUCAGCGCUGGGACGAGCUCGGCUUAUUUGGAUGUUGAGGAAAAAUGGCUACCGGCAGAAGGAAGGAGAGGGAGCAGUGACCACUUUGGGAUUAAAGCAUCGUUUGUGACAUAUGGAUAUACACGGAGUGCCCCGCAUCGACUUAUUUGACACAUUGGAGGUUAUCGUCAGCGUUAGAACCGAAGAAUUUAGCCGUAAACGCCGCUUGCUGGGCUGCCUUUGCCCUGACAAAGCCGCUCAAGAUGAACAUGGUGAAGAGGAUCAUGGGGCGGCCGAGGCAGGAGGAGUGCAGCCCCCAGGACAACGCGCUGGGCCUGAUGCACCUGCGGCGCCUGUUCGCCGAGCUGUGCCACCCUCCUCGCCACAUGACCCAGAAGGAGCAGGAGGAGAAGCUCUACAUGAUGCUUCCUGUAUUUAACAGGGUCUUUGGGAAUGCUCCACCCAGCACCAUGACGGAGAAGUUCUCCGACCUGCUGCAGUUCACCACCCAGGUCUCACGACUCAUGGUGACGGAAAUCAGACGAAGAGCCUCUAACAAGUCAACAGAGGCAGCCAGUCGAGCCAUCGUCCAGUUCCUGGAGGUGAACCAGAGUGAGGAGGCGAGUCGCGGUUGGAUGCUACUGACCACCAUCAACCUGUUGGCCUCCUCCGGACAGAAAACGGUGGACUGCAUGACGACCAUGUCCGUACCCUCCACGCUGGUCAAAUGCCUCUACCUGUUCUUUGACCUGCCCCACAUGGCGGAGGCGCCGGGCCACACCCAGCCGGAGCUGCCGCUGGCCGACCGCAGGGCGAGUCUCCAGAAAGUUUUCGUCCAGAUCCUGGUGAAGCUGUGCACCUUCGUGUCUCCGGCGGAGGAGCUGGCUCAAAAGGACGACCUGCAGCUCCUGUUCAGUGCCAUCACCUCCUGGUGCCCCCCCCACAACCUGCCCUGGAGGAGGAGCGCCGGGGAGGUGCUCACCACCAUCUCCCGACACGGCCUCAGCGUCAACGUGGUCAAAUACAUACAUGAGAAGGAGUGCCUGGCCACAUGUGUUCAGAACAUGCAGCAGUCGGAUGAUCUCUCCCCACUGGAGAUAGUCGAGAUGUUCGCCGGCCUCUCCUGCUUCCUCAAAGACUCCAGCGACGUGUCGCAGACGCUGCUGGACGACUUCCGAAUGUGCCAGGGUUACGCCUUCCUCUGCGACCUCAUGCUCAGACUGGAACAGGCCAAGGAGGACGAAUCGAAGGAUGCGCUGAAGGACCUGGUCAACCUGGUCACCUGUCUGACCACAUACGGGGUGACGGAGCUGAAACCUGCCGGCCUGACGACCGGCGCCCCCUUCCUGCUGCCUGGCUUCGUUCUCCCGCAGCCUUCUGGGAAAGGCCACACGGUGCGUAACAUCCAGGCCUUCGCGGUGCUCCAGAACGCCUUCCUGCGGGCUAAAACAAGCCGCCUGGCGUGCAUGCUGCUGGACGCCAUCGGAAACAUCUACGCAGCGGAGCCGGCCAACUACUUCAUCCUGGAGUCGCAGCACACCCUGUCGCAGUUUGCGGACCGUGUGGCCAAGCUGCCCGAGGCCCAGGCCAAGUACUUCGAGCUGCUGGAGUUCGUGGUCUUCAGUCUCAACUACGUGCCGUGCAAGGAGCUGUUCAGCGUCAGCGUGCUGCUCAAGUCGAGCACGUCGCACGCCUGCAGCAUCACCGCCGUCCGGACGCUGCUGAAGCUGGCCAGGCACGACCCGGUGUUCAGCGACGUGCUGAGGGAGGUCGGCCUGCUGGAGGUGCUGGUCAACCUGCUGCACAAGUACGCCGCCUUGCUCAAAGACCCGGCCACGCAACAGCAACCACACAACAACGACCAAGCCGACUGUAAAAACAACACAGUGGCAGAGGAGCAGAAGCAGCUGGCCUGGCUGGUGAUGGAGACCCUCACUGUGCUCCUGCAUGGCUCCAACACCACCAACACCAAUGCAGCCCUUUUCCGGGAGUUCGGCGGCGCCCGCUGCGUCCACAACAUCGUGAAGUACCGUCAGUGUCGGGAACACGCCCUGCUCAUCAUCCAGCAGCUCGUACUGUCGCCAAGCGGUGACGACGACAUGGGGACGCUGCUGGGCCUCAUGCACUCUGCGCCGUCCAGUGAACUGCAGCUGAAGACGGACAUAUUGAGGGCUUUGCUGGCAGUGUUGCGCGAGAGUCACCGCACCCGGACGGUGUUCCGCAAGGUGGGCGGCUUCGUCUACGUCACCUCCCUGCUGGUGGCCAUGGAGCGCUCGCUGUGCCAGCCGCCGCGCCACGGCUGGGAGCGCGUCAACCAGAACCAGGUGUUCGAGCUCCUGCACACGGUGUUCUGCACGCUCACCGCCGCCAUGCGCUACGAGCCCGCCAACUCGCACUUCUUCCGCACAGAGAUCCAGUUCGAGAAGCUGGCGGACGCUGUGAGACUGCUGGGCUGUUUCUCGGACACCAAGAAGCUUGGUCCCACGGCCGUGUUCCCCUCCAACGCUCAGCCCUUCCAGAGGCUGCUGGAGGACGAGGCCGCCCCCGGAGGCUGCGCCGGAGACAGCGUCUGCCCCACGCUCAAACACUGCAGCAAGCUCUUCAUCUACCUGUACAAGAUGGCCACCGACUCUUUUGACAGUCGUGCGGAGCAGGUGCCUCCCUGCCUGACUCAUGAGACCUCGCUGCCCUCGCCGUGGGGCACGCCAGCACUCGCCAGGAAGAGACAAGGCUACUACGGUACGUCGGGUCCCCCCGCCCCGGUCAAAGCCCUCACAGACCUGAAACUCCACCUGACUAACCCCACCCAUCCUGCCGCCUCCUCCUCUUCCUCCUCCUCGUCGUUGUCGUCCGACAUGGUGGUCAUCCACCCAGGGGCCGUCCUGGCCAUACUGGACCUGCUGCCCUCCGUCUCCUCCGACAGCCAGCCAGAGCAUGCUCUGGACCUGCAGCUGGCGGUGGCCAACAUCCUCCAGCUCCUGGUGAACAGUGAGAGGAACCAGCAGGUGUUGUGCGAGGCCUGCCUCCACCAGCGGCUGUUGCAGCGCUGCAGUCAGGCGCUGGGCGACGAAGACCACCCACUGCACCCGCCGCUGCAGAGGAUGUUUGAGAGGCUGGCCUCGCAGGCCCUGCAGCCGAUGGCACUCAGGGAGUUCUUACGUCUUGGAAACCCUCUGAACUGCGGCGCCUGGGACAAGAAGCUGCUGAAGCAGUACCGGGUCCACAAACCGAGCUCCCUCAGCUAUGACGCCGAGAUGAGAAACAGCAUGACCAUGUCCAUGGAGGGCUUCGGGCCCGACAGCGUCUUCGCCACGCCGGCGGAGGACAACGGCCAGUACCGCAUCAGCCGCAGCCUGGUGCGCUCUGCCGAGGGCAGCACCGUACCCCUCACCCGAGUCAAGUGCCUGGUGUCCAUGACAACACCACAUGACAUCCGCCUGCACGGAUCGGCCGUCACGCCCGCCUGCGUGGAGUUCGACACCUCGCUGGAGGGCUUCGGGUGCCUGUUUCUGCCCAGUCUGGCGCCGCACAAUGCCCCCACCAACAACACCAACGCCUCAGGUGUCAGCGAUGGAGCGGUGCUGAGCGGGAUGGGCACAGGAGAGCGCUUGUUCCCUCCUCCGUCGGGCCUGAGCUACUCCACCUGGUUUUGCGUGGAGCGUUUCAGCGCGGCGCCUCAGGCCCACCCGGUGCGGCUGCUGACGGUAGUGCGUCGGGCCACCUCCUCCGAGCAGCACUACGUCUGCCUGUCUGUGGUGCUGUCGGCCAAAGACCGCUCGCUGACCGUCUCCACCAAGGAGGAGCUGCUGCAGACUUACUCCGACGAGUCCAGUGAAGAAGCCUCCUUCUACGAGAUCCUGCCCUGCUGCGCUCGCUUCCGCUGCGGCGAGCUGAUCGCCGAGGGCCAGUGGCACCACCUGGUGCUGGUCAUGAGCAAAGGCAUGCUGAAGAACAGCAUGGCCACGCUGUACAUCGACGGCCAGCUCAUCAACACCGUCAAGCUUCACUACGUCCACAGCGCUCCGGGCGGCUCCGGCUCCACCAACCCUCCUGUGGUGAGCACGGUGUACGGGUACGUGGGGACGCCGCCGGCCCAGCGCCAGCUCUCCAGCCUGGUGUGGCGUCUGGGGCCCAGCCACUUUCUGGAGGAGGUGCUGCCCGCCACCAGCGUCGCUGCCAUCUACGAACUGGGACCCAACUACGUGGGCAGCUUCCAGGCUGUCUACCUGCCCUGUAAAGACUCGAAGACGGAGGUGGCCCCUGCCUCUCCGGUGGCGCUGGUACCAGAGGAGAAGGUGUCCUUCAGCCUCUACGCUCUCUCCGUGUCCACGCUCACUGUGGCCAAGAUCAGGAAAGUCUACAACAAACUGGACAGCAAAGCCAUCGCCAAACAGCUCGCCGUGUCCUCUCAUGAAAACGCCACCCCGGUCAAGCUGAUCCACAACGCUGCCGGCCACCUCAACGGGCCGGCCCGAACCAUCGGAGCUGCUGUCAUCGGAUAUUUAGGUGUGCGUGCCUUCGUACCCAAGCCUGUGGCCACCAACCUGCAGUAUGUGGGUGGGGCGGCGGCCAUCUUGGGCCUGGUCGCCAUGGCGUCGGACGUGGAGGGGCUGUACGCAGCUGUCAAAGCCCUGGUGUGUGUUGUGAAAAGCAACCCGUUGGCCAGUAAAGAGAUGGAGCGCAUCAAAGGCUACCAGCUGCUGGCCAUGCUGCUGAAGAAGAAGCGCUCGCUGCUCAACAGCCACAUCCUCCACCUCACCUUCUCCCUGGUGGGAACGGUGGACAGCGGCCACGAGACCUCCAUCAUUCCCAACUCCACGGCCUUCCAGGACCUGCUGUGUGACUUCGAGGUCUGGCUCCACGCGCCCUACGAGCUCCACCUCUCUCUGUUUGAGCAUUUCAUCGAGCUGCUGACAGAAUCCAGUGAGGCGGCGAAAAACGCCAAACUGUUGAGGGAGUUCCAGCUGAUCCCGAGGCUGCUGCUGACCCUGAGAGACACCUCGCUGUCGCAGCCCACCGUGGCCGCCAUCAGCAACGUGCUCAGUCUGCUGCUGCAGGGCUUCCCCAACCAGUACGACCUGCUGCGGUUUGGCCAGUUCAUCUCCUCCACCCUUCCCACAUUUGCCGUGUGUGAGAAGUUUGUCGUCAUGGAAAUCAAUAACGAGGAGAAGAUCGACGGAGGCAACGAUGACGAUUUCGGCGGCCUGCUGUCGGCCAACCUCAUUCUGCUGAGAAACCGACUGCUGGACAACCUGCUCCGACUGCUCUUCACCACCAAAGAGAAAUGCACCGUCAAUGCCCAAGCGUGUGAGGAGCUGGUGCGGACGCUGGGCUUCGAUUGGCUCCUGAUGUUCAUGGAGGAACAUCUUCACUCGAGCACGGUGACGGCGGCUCUUUGGAUCCUGGUGGUGCUGCUCUCCAACCAGUCCAUCCUCAACCGCUUCAAAGAGGGGCUGUGCGGCGGCGGCUGGCUGGACCACACCGACUCCGUCCUGACCAACAAGAUCGGCACGGUGCUGGGCUUCAACGUGGGCCGCAGCGCCGGCGGACGCUCCACGGUGCGAGAGAUCAACCGGGACGCGUGCCACUUCCCAGGAUUCCCUGUGCUGCAGACGCUGCUGCCCAAACACACCAACGUGCCCGAGCUCUACUUCCUGCUCAUGGCUCUCUUCCUGCAGCAGCCGGUCACCGAGCUGCCAGACAGCCUGCAGGUACAUGUUAGUAUACCCGACCUUCUUCCUUCUUCCUUCACUAAACAGUCCUCUCAGUUUGACCUGGACUCCAUCUGGACCUUCAUCUUUGGCAUCCCGGCCUCCAGCGGGACAGUGGUGGGCUCCAUCCACAGCGUGUGCACCGAGGCUGCCUUCCUGCUGCUGGCCAUGCUCCGCAGCAUGCUCAACCUGCCGUGGCAGUCAGAGGAGGAAGGGUCCUGGCUCAGGGAGUACCCCGUCACCCUCAUGCAGUUCUUUAGGUAUCUGUACCACAACGUGCCCGACCUGGCACCCAUGUGGCACAGUCCCGAGUUCCUCUGCGCCCUGGCGGCCUCUGUCUUCCCCUUCAACAUCAGGCCGUACUCUGAGAUGGUGACUGAUCUGGACGACGAAGCGGGUUCUCCCACCGAGGAGUUCAAGGCCUUCGCCGGCGACUCCGGUAUGAACCGCAGCCAGUCUGAAUACUGCAACGUGGGCUCCAAAACCUCCCUGACCAACCACCCGGCCAAGAAGUACGUCUUCGACUUCAUGAGGGUCCUGAUCAUGGACAAUCUGUGCAUGACCCCGGCCAGCAAGCAGACGCCCAUCAUCGACCUCCUGCUGGAGGCUUCCCCGGAGCGCUCCACCAGAACUCAGCAGAAGGAGUUUCAGUCCAACAUCCUGGACGGUGUCAUGGAGCAUCUGCUGGCUGCUGAUGUCCUGCUAGGCGAAGACGCCUCUCUGCCGCUCAGCAGCAGCGGCAGUUAUCAGAUUCUGGUCAACAACGUCUUCUACUUCACUCAGCGGGUGGUGGACAAGCUGUGGCAGGGCAUGUUCAACAAGGACUCCAAGCUGGUGGUGGACUUCAUCGUGCAGCUCAUAGGACAGUCGAAGAGGCGCUCCCAGGGUCUUUCCCUCGACGCCAUCUACCACUGUCUGAACCGGACGGUGCUCUACCAGCUCUGUCGACCCCACAAGACGGUGGCUCAGCAGGUGGCCCUGCUGGACGCCCUGCGUGUCCUGACCGUCAACCGCAACCUGGUGCUCGGGCCGGGCAACCACGACCAGGACUUUGUGGCCUGCCUGGCUCACUGCUUCAUCUGCCUGCACAGCGGCAGCAGCGUGGAGGGCUUUGGCUUGGAGGCGGAGGCCAGGAUGACGACCUGGCACGUCAUGAUCCCCUCGGAAAACGAGGCCGACGCCACGCACAGCCACGACGUCAGCGAGGGGCGGCAGCUGCUGCUGAAGGCGGUGAACCGCGUGUGGACGGAGCUGAUGCACAGCAAGCGUCAGAUGCUGGAGGACAUCUUCAAAGUGUCUCUGCCCUGUAACGACAGGGGCCACGUGGACAUCGCCACAGCCCGGCCGGCCCUGGAGGAGCCGGCCCUGAAGAGCUGGCAGAACCACCUGGUCCAUGAGAAGAAGUGUAUCAGUCGCGGUGAAGCCGUGGCACCAGCGACACAGUCCAAACUGUCCAGAGUCAGCAGCGGCUUCGGCCUCUCCAAGCUGGGCGUCCGCCGCAACAAGAAGGAGAACAGCCUGAACAAGAACAGUCUGUCGGCACAGGAGACCUUCCAGUGGAUGUUCACACACAUCGCCGUAGUUCGAGACUUGGUGGCGAUGCAGUACAAAGAAUAUCAAGAGCGGCAGCAGAACGCCCUCAAGUACGUGACGGAGGAGUGGGCGUCCAUCGAGUACGAGCUGCUGCGCGAGCGAGGCCUCUGGGGCCCCCCCAUCGGCUCCCACCUGGACAAAUUCGUGCUGGAGAUGACGGAGGGUCCCUGCCGGAUGAGGAAGAAGAUGGUCCGCAACGACAUGUUCUACAUCCACUACCCGUACAUCCCGGAGACGGAGAUGAACACCAACUCAGCACAGAAGCCUUUGCGGUACCGGCGCGCCAUCAGCUACGACAGUAAGGAGUACUACGUGCGUUUGCUGUCCGGCAACCCCGGCAUGUACCAGCACUCUGUGGAGCACAGCACGGAGGGAGAGACCACGCAGCACGAGCCCGAGCACGGAGAGGACACCAUCGCAAGAGUCAAAGGUCUGGUGAAGGCUCCUCUGAAGAGGUCUCGGUCCACGGCGGACGGUGCAGACGAGGACAGUCAGGAGCAGCUUCAGGAGCAGCUGUUGGAGUCGGGAGGCCCCGAGGAGGAGCAGAGGACCGACAACACGUCGCUGCUGCGCCUGCUGGAGGAGGGAGAGAAGAUUCAGCACAUGUACCGCUGUGCCAGAGUUCAAGGUCUGGACACCAGCGAGGGUCUGCUGCUGUUCGGGAAAGAGCACUUCUACGUCAUCGACGGCUACACCAUGACCGUGUCCAGGGAGAUCAGGGACAUCGACACGCUGCCGCCCAAUUUACACGAGGCCAUCAUCCCCCGAGGAGCGAGACAAGGCCAGAGCCAGCUGAAGAGAACCUGCAGCAUCUUCGCCUACGAAGACAUCAAGGAGGUGCACAAGAGACGCUACCUGCUGCAGCCGAUGGCAGUGGAGGUCUUCUCAGCCGACGGGAGGAACUACCUGUUAGCCUUCCAGAAAGGAGUCCGCAACAAAGUUUACCAAAGGUUCUUGGCUGUGGUGCCUUCACUUGCCGACAGCUCUGAGUCUGUUUCAGGCCAGAGGCCCAACACCAGUGUUGAACAGGGGUCCGGUCUGCUCAGCACCCUGGUCGGUGAGAAGUCAGUGACUCAAAGAUGGGAGCGAGGAGAGAUCAGUAACUUCCAGUACCUGAUGCAUCUGAACACGCUGGCAGGACGAUCCUACAACGACCUGAUGCAGUACCCCGUCUUCCCCUGGAUCCUGGCCGACUACGACUCGGAGGAGCUGGACCUGAGCAACCCCAAGACGUUCCGCAACCUCGCCAAGCCGAUGGGCGCCCAGACCGACGACAGACUGACGCAGUACAAGAAGAGGUACAAGGACUGGGAAGACCCCAACGGUGAAACCCCGGCGUACCACUACGGCACCCACUACUCAUCAGCCAUGAUUGUAGCCUCGUACCUGGUCCGGAUGGAGCCGUUCACACAGAUUUUCCUCAGACUUCAGGGAGGUCAUUUUGACCUGGCUGACAGGAUGUUCCACAGUGUGCGUGAAGCCUGGCUCUCUGCCUCCAAGCACAACAUGGCCGACGUCAAGGAGCUCAUCCCCGAGUUCUUCUACCUGCCAGAGUUCAUGCUCAACUCCAACAACUUCGACCUGGGUGCCAAGCAGAACGGCACCAAGCUGGGUGACGUGAUCCUGCCGCCUUGGGCCAAGGGCGACCCCCGAGAGUUCAUCAGAGUCCACAGAGAGGCGCUGGAGUGCGACUACGUGUCGGCCCACCUCCACGAGUGGAUCGACCUGAUUUUUGGCUACAAGCAGCAGGGGCCGCCGGCGGUGGAGGCCGUCAACGUCUUCCACCACCUGUUCUACGAGGGUCAGGUGGACAUCUACAACAUCAACGACCCGCUGAAAGAGACGGCCACCAUCGGCUUCAUCAACAACUUCGGACAAAUCCCCAAACAGCUGUUUAAGAAGCCCCACCCUCCCAAACGGGUACGCAGUAAAGCCAACGGCGACGUAGCGAGCGUUCCUCCGAGCGCCAGCGGCGACAAGAUCUUCUUCCAUCAUCUGGACAAUCUCAGACCUUCUCUAGCGCCUGUCAAAGAGCUGAAGGAACCCGUGGGACAGAUCGUGUGCACUGACAAGGGCAUCCUCGCCGUGGAGCAAAACAAAGUCCUGGCUCCCCCGACCUGGAGCAAGACCUUCGCCUGGGGCUACGCCGACCUCAGCUGCCGUCUGGCUAACUAUGAAUCCGACAAGGCGUUGGUGGUGUACGAGUGUCUGUCAGAGUGGGGUCAGAUCCUGUGUGCCAUAUGUCCGAACCCCAAGCUGGUCAUCACCGGCGGCACCAGCACCGCCAUCUGUGUGUGGGAGACGGGAACGUCCAAGGAGAGGGCCAAGUCGCUUGUGCUCAAACAGGCGUUACUGGGCCACACGGACGCCGUAACAUGUCUGACGGCGUCGUCGGCGUACCACAUUGUUGUGAGCGGCUCGCGGGAUCGAACCUGCAUCAUCUGGGACCUCAACAAGCUGUCCUUCGUCACGCAGCUCAGGGGUCACCGGGCGCCCGUCUCUGCUCUGUGCAUCAACGAACUGACGGGGGACAUCGUUUCCUGCGCCGGCACCUACAUCCACGUGUGGAGCAUCAACGGCAGCCCCAUCGCCAGCGCCAACACCUUCACGGGACGCAGCCAGCAGAUCCUGUGCUGCUGCGUGUCGGAGAUGAACGAGUGGGACACGCAGAACGUCAUAGUCACGGGUCACUCCGAUGGCGUCGUCAGGUUUUGGAGAAUGGAGUUUCUCCAAGUCCCAGAAACCCCUGCUCCGGAGCCGGUGGAGCCAGAUGUGCCUGACUGCUGUGGCGAGGAGAAGAUCGGUGAUCACAACGGUGAUGACGACAGCAGCGAGUCGGACGGAGACGAGCCCAGUCUGAGCCAGGAGCCCAAAGCACCACGCAACCCGUCGACAGGUGGAGGCAGCCAGCCGGGCAGCGCCGUCCACAGACCCAGAGGUCCCUCAGCCCGAACGGGAGCCUCGUGGUCGAUGGACAGCGGCUCUGACGACUCUCACCGCUGGUCCGACACCCUGAGCAUCGACGAGAAGGACGGCUUCGUGUUCGUCAACUACUCUGAGGGCCAAACCAAAGGCCCCCACCCUCAUCCGGCUCAUCCAGGCCAGGGCUCCGUGCCUCAGCCCCUCCAGCCCUCCACCAUGGAGGCACGGACGUAUAACCAGCUCAGGGCAGGCUACAGAUGGGAGCGCCAGCUGGUCUUCCGGAGUAAACUCACCAUGCACACGGCGUUCGAUCGCAAGGACAACGCUCACCCAGCAGAGAUCUCCUCCCUCGCCAUCUCCAAGGACCACAGUAAGAUCCUGGUGGGCGAUGGGCGUGGUCGGGUGUUCAGCUGGUCGGUCAGCGACCAGCCGGGUCGCUCGGCGGCCGAUCACUGGGUGAAGGAUGAGGUCGUCGACAGCUGCUCCGGCUGCACGGUUCGUUUCUCCCUCACUGAGCGACGCCACCAUUGCAGGAACUGCGGCCAGCUCUUCUGCCAGAAGUGCAGUCGCUUCCAAUCAGAGAUCAAGAGGCUGAAGAUCUCGUCUCCGGUGCGAGUUUGUCAGAACUGUUACUACAACCUGCAACAUGAGCGAAGCGUCGAGGACGGCUGCAGAAACUGAGCUCCGCCUCCACCUCCACCUGCCGCCGCCGGCAAAAUAAACCCCUCCUUUUGAGGACUCCUACCUUAGGAGCGUUUCAUUCCUCUAUCUGCCUUGUUGUCCCCUCAGCACCUCCAACAUAACCCAAAACUCUCUCCCUCAAAACCCCCCUUUACCCCAACAGUAACCACAUGUCCUGUAACACACUGACAGACGUUAACAGGAGGGAACGUCGGCUCUUUCAUCAUCACAGCAGUAAAACUCAGCAGAAGAGAAAAAAAAACUCAAUCACCACUUUACCACCUGCACUCGUCUCCUGGAGGGAAAAAAAAGCAAAAACAAAAAAAAAAGCAAACGCACCCUUGACGCGGCACGCUUGAAUCAAUCACCCGCCAUCGUUGCUUUGAGAUCGAGAACAGGGAAAAACUCACUUCCUCUUUCACUGCAAGACAAAUAACAAACUUGUGUAUAUUGUAAAUAAUUACCAUGGCCUUUUUAACUCUAAGAGGAACAAACACAGAACAAAAAAUAAGGUCAAUGAGAAGAAAAAAACAAAAAAAAAAACAAAAAAACAAAUUGCCUGUAACAUAGCGUUGUGACUAACCACUCCUGGCUUUAAAAAAACAAAACAAACAAAAUCGAUUGUGUGUAGUCUGCGUCACGAGUCACGGCAAGUCCAGAGGAAUAACACGGAGGGAGGGAGGGAUAUGAAUGUCAAUAAUUAAUGUCUGUGGGUUGAAUUUACUAAGUGGGUCUAGUUAUGCAAAAUUCUUUAUA